AUCAACCAUCCAAAAUCCUCAACCCAGCCAAACUCUGGACGAUGGCUGAAAAGGAGGGCGGAAUCGUGAGAAAAGGCCACGACGAGGGCCUAAAGCUCGCGGUCUCCCUCCUCGAUGAGUUCAACCUUCCCCUCGGUCUCCUCCCCCUUGAAAAUGUAGUCGAGGUUGGCUCUGUUAGGGCCACCGGCUAUUUUUGGAUCGUGCAGAAGAAGAAGGUGGAGCAUAACUUCAAGAUCGCGGGAAAGCUAGUCAGUUAUGAUACAGAUAUUAACGGGUAUGUCGAAAAAGGGAGGAUUAAGAAGCUCAAGGGAGUGAAGGCUAAGGAGCUUAUCAUGUGGCCUCCCGUGAAUGAAAUCAAUGUUGACGAUCCCCCAACGCGGAAAAUUCAUUUUAAGAGCUUGGCUGGGAUCACUAAGACUUUCCCGGUUGAGGCAUUUGCUGCUGGUCAGUAGGCUACUUGGUUAUUAUCGUAUAAUGAGCGUGCUAGUGGUGUCUGGGUCGGUUUGUUUAUGUUGCUUUCGGAGUUGAGUUGUUAUUGGGUCAGGCUUUAGGCCCAUUAUAAUAUGUAUUUUGGAGUUAUUUAAGCACUCUUUUUAUAUGUUCUAAGUUGAAAUACAUUAACAAAUGUGUUUCUACGGU